AUUUCGUCUACAGGGUCAGGAUUCUUAAACAGCGGGUUUGAGUGGCCUUCUACGAAACCUCUUUUGCUUUCGGCUCCCCUCGAGUUCUGGAAGUGAACCGGCACUCGACAUGCACAACCACGACGAGGCCUAUAAGGCCACGACGGCCCUGAUCCGCUCCUUGGCGAACGGCGACCACCAGGCCUUCGGCGAUGAAGCCACCAGUUUACCGGGCAACGACACGCCGGAGAAGAAGGAAUUAGAACGGGAGCUGAAGUCCCUGGUGCUGCGUGUGCGGCAGCUCGAGGCCAGGGCUGCCAGCACCAACGGCCAGACAUUCCCGGAGACGCCCAACGAGUUCGUGCCGCCUGCAUCGCCGUUUUCCAUGGCAUCGGUCGGGUCGAAUCGGCACCCAUCACCGGUGCCACUGGCCUUGACGGGGCGGGCCGGAAGUCCGGGCAGCGAGGUCAGCCAUCAGUCGCAACUUGAAUACCUGCAGGCGAAAUGCAAAUAUCACGAGCAGGAGAUACAGGAGAAUAAGAAGAAGUUGCGAGAUCUAAUACAGGAGACGGAGAGAGUCAAGACUGUCCCGCAGGUUCCCGCCGAUGAGGCAUCCAAGAUCGACAGAUUACAGCGGGAACUCAAGAAGUCGCAACAAGCGAAUGAGGCCUUCUCCAAAGCGCUCCGAGAAAUCGGAGAGAUCGUUACGGCUGUUGCACGGGGUGAUCUUACUAAGAAGGUCACCAUUCACGACGUCGAGAUGGACCCGGAGAUUACCACUUUCAAGAAUACCAUAAACACCAUGACGGACCAACUACAAACGUUUGCUAGCGAGGUAUCUCGUGUAGCAAGAGAAGUCGGAACCGAAGGUCGUUUGGGGGGUCAGGCAAAGAUUGUCGGUGUUGAGGGAACAUGGCAAGAAUUGACCAAUAACGUCAACGUUAUGGCAUCGAAUCUCACCAAUCAGGUGCGCGAGAUUGCCGAUGUCACUACCGCUGUCGCCAACGGCGACCUCUCGAGGAAGAUUUAUGUGCACGCACAGGGAGAGAUCUUGGAGCUGCAGCAGACCAUAAACUCCAUGGUGGACCAGCUCGGAACGUUCGCGUUCGAGGUCACACGUGUGUCUCGCGAGGUCGGAAUCGAUGGUAUCCUAGGUGGACAGGCGGAAAUCUCUGAAGUGAAGGGCACAUGGCGUGAGCUUACCGACAACGUCAACGCAAUGGCGGCCAACCUCACUGAGCAAGUCCGAAACAUCGCCGCCGUCACCACCGCCGUCGCCGAAGGAGAUCUCACGAAGAAGGUCAGCGCACACUGCAAGGGUGAAAUCCUGCAACUCAAGGAGACUAUUAACAAGAUGGUUGACCGUCUGCAAAAUUUCGCCAGCGAAGUCACCAAGGUCGCUCGUGAGGUCGGAACCGAAGGAAAGCUAGGAGGUCAGGCAAGAGUGGAAGACGUCGAAGGCACUUGGAAAUCGCUCACCGAAAACGUGAACGGCAUGGCUCGAAAUUUGACCACACAAGUGCGGAGUAUCGCAUCCGUCACGACAGCUGUCGCAGAAGGCAACCUUACUCGGAAGAUUGACGUUCACGCUCAAGGAGAAAUCCUGCUGUUGAAGGAUACCAUCAAUAAGAUGGUGGAGAGACUUCAGAACUUUGCGACUGAGGUGACGAAGGUGGCCAAGGAGGUCGGAACCGAUGGUAUUCUCGGUGGUCAAGCUAGGGUCCAAGACGUAGAGGGCACCUGGAAGGAUCUCACCGACAACGUCAACAUCAUGGCCAACAACCUUACCACCCAAGUGCGAAGUAUCGCCGAUGUCACGACCGCGGUCGCGCAGGGAGACUUGAGCCGGAAGAUUAACGUCCACGCUCAAGGCGAGGUGCUUGCAUUGAAGAACACCAUCAACAAGAUGGUGGACCGAUUGGAGGUCUUCUCCCGCGAAGUGAAGCGGGUCGCCAGGGAUGUGGGAAUAGACGGCAAGCUGGGUGUGCAAGCCGAGGUGAACGACGUCGACGGAACCUGGAAGGAGAUUACCAGCAAUGUCAACACUAUGGCGCAAAAUCUCACCACUCAAGUGCGAGCCUUUGGAUCCAUCACGGCUGCAGCCGCUGACGGUGACUUCAACCGGUUCAUCACCGUUGAAGCAUCCGGUGAGAUGGACGCAUUGAAGACGAAGAUCAACCAGAUGGUGUUCAACUUGCGCGACAGUAUCCAGAAGAAUACAGCAGCGCGUGAAACCGCCGAGUUGGCGAACAGAACCAAGUCGGAAUUCCUGGCGAAUAUGUCGCACGAGAUCCGAACUCCGAUGAACGGUAUCAUUGGAAUGACUCAAUUGACCUUGGAUACCGAUCUUACCCAGUACCAGCGUGAAAUGCUGAACAUCGUUCAUAAUUUGGCGAACAGCUUAUUGACCAUCAUCGAUGAUAUCUUGGAUAUCUCUAAGAUUGAGGCCAAUCGUAUGGUAAUGGAAGAGAUCCCCUUCUCGCUGCGAGGGACCGUGUUCAAUGCCCUCAAGACCCUGGCAGUAAAGGCGAACGAAAGAUUCCUGGACCUCGUUUACUGUGUGGAUAACGUCGUUCCUGACCACGUCGUGGGUGAUUCUUUCCGUCUUCGACAAGUCAUUCUCAACCUCGUUGGAAACGCUAUCAAAUUUACGGAGAACGGCGAAGUCAAGUUGACAAUUCGGCAAACGGACCAAUCUAGGUGUGCGGAGAACGAGUACUGCUUUGAAUUCUCGGUUUCGGAUACCGGUAUCGGUAUCCACCCGGACAAGCUGGACAUGAUUUUUGACACGUUCUGCCAAGCGGAUGGUUCCACAACGAGGAAAUUCGGUGGUACAGGACUUGGACUGUCCAUCUCGCGACGACUGGUCAAUCUUAUGGGUGGUGACGUGUGGGUGAAGAGUAUGCCCGACGAAGGCAGCACAUUUUACUUUACCUGCGUGGUCCGCCUCGCCAGCACGGAGCUCAGCUUGAUAAUGCCUCAGCUUAAGCCGUACAAGGGACAUCACGUUCUCUUCAUCGACAGAAAGCGGGAGAAUGAGGAAAUACCCGAGAUGCUGCGACUCUUGGGACUGGUACCUGCCAUCGUACGAUCGGUCCAAGAGGCGAAACCAUACCCUCCAGGGUCUGACGGGCGGGGCAUCACUUUCGACGUGAUACUAGUGGAUUCUAUGGAUACAGCACUGAAGCUGAGAACACUCGACGACUUCAAGUACAUUCCGUUGGUCCUGCUGUGUCCGAUAAUACAGGUCUCGCUCAAGUCGACGCUUGAUCUCGGUAUCAGCUCGUACAUGACAACGCCAUGCCUACCCAUUGACUUGGGUAACGGUAUGAUUCCCGCGCUAGAAGGAAGGGCCGCGCCAUCCGUAUCGGAGAACUCUAGGUCAUUCAAUCUCUUGCUCGCCGAGGAUAACAUCGUCAACCAGAAGCUUGCGGUGAAAAUACUUGAGAAGUACCAUCACACUGUGGAUGUGGUCGAGAAUGGUCUUCAAGCUCUGAAUGCCGUCAAGAAGAAGCGUUACGAUGUCAUCCUUAUGGAUGUACAAAUGCCAGUAAUGGGUGGUUUCGAGGCUACAGCCAAGAUUCGCGAGUGGGAGAAGGAGCAGAAGCUUGCCCGCACACCCAUUGUCGCACUGACAGCGCACGCCAUGUUGGGUGAUCGGGAAAAGUGCAUCCAAGCACAAAUGGACGAGUACCUGUCCAAGCCUCUGAAACAGAAUAGCCUCAUUCAGGUGAUAUUGAAGGUCUGGUGCCGAUCGUCCCAACGAAGAGAUCUUAGCUCACCGUCGUAGCAGUGUGCGACUCUUGGAGGGCCGUUGUUGGAGCGGGGUAGCGGGCUCCACAUCGCGUCGAUGCAGGGAGACGAU